AUGAAAACAAACGAGAGACCGGGGCGGGGAAAGGAAGGCGGGCGAGGAGGAAGGAGGGCCGGGGCGGGGAAGGGAGCAGCCGGGCGGUGGAAACGCGAGCGGGAGGCCGGCCGCUGUCCCGACUUUGCCGCCGCCGCCGCCGGGGCUCGCCCGGGGAUGUCUCAAGGCCCCCAAGCACCACGCGGCGGCCGCCGUCCCGGCCUCUGAGGGCCGCCACGUCCCGGCAGCGCGCGCGGGCUGAGGGCUGCUCUGUGCCGGCUGGGGGCGCCCGGAGAGGGGCCCGGGCGGGCCGGGAGGGGCUGCCCAGGCCCCGCGUUUCCCCCUUCACCGCGGCCGGCGCCGGGCCAGGAGGAUGCGCGGCGCCGGGCUCUGAAGCAUGGAGGGAGUUCUGUACAAGUGGACCAACUAUCUCACCGGUUGGCAGCCUCGUUGGUUUGUUUUAGAUAAUGGAAUCCUGUCCUACUAUGAUUCACAGGAUGAUGUUUGCAAAGGGAGCAAAGGAAGUAUAAAGAUGGCAGUUUGUGAAAUUAAAGUCCAUUCAGCAGACAACACAAGAAUGGAAUUAAUCAUUCCAGGAGAGCAGCAUUUCUACAUGAAGGCAGUGAAUGCAGCUGAAAGACAAAGGUGGCUGGUUGCUCUGGGGAGCUCCAAAGCCUGUUUGUCUGAUACUAGGACUAAAAAAGAAAAAGAAAUAAGUGAAACCAGUGAAUCUCUGAAAACCAAAAUGUCUGAGCUUCGCCUCUACUGUGACCUCCUAAUGAAGCAAGUUCAUACGAUCCAAGAAUUUGUUCACCAUGAUGAGACUCAUUCAUCUCCCAGCAUAGAGAACAUGAAUGAAGCCUCUUCUCUACUUAGUGCCACGUGUAAUACAUUCAUCACAACGCUUGAGGAAUGUGUGAAGAUAGCGAAUGCCAAGUUUAAACCCGAGAUGUUUCAGCUGUGCCAUCCGGAUCCCUUAGUUUCUCCUGUGUCACCUUCUCCUGUUCAAAUGAUGAAGCGUUCUGUCAGCCACCCUGGUUCUUGCAGUUCAGAGAGGAGUAGCCACUCUAUAAAAGAAACAGUGUCUACACUUCACCGACUCUCCCAGCGGCGCCGAAGAACCUACUCAGAUACAGACUCCUGUAAUGAUGUUCCUCUCGAAGACCCAGAUAGACCUGUUCACUGUUCAAGAAAUACACUUAAUGGAGAUUUGGCAUCAGCAACCAUUCCUGAAGAAAGCAGACUUAUGGCCAAAAAAAAAUCUGAAUCGGGAGAUCCUCUUCCACCCUUCUCUUCCUGAGGAAACGGAAGUGUCCAACUUCCUCUAAGUAUUGCUAUGCAAAAGCUGCUGUAAUUAAACUAUGUUAUAGGGAGUAAUUUUUCCCUUAGGAUUUCUCUGCACUUUAUAGAAUAUUGUAAAACAAACAAACAAAAAACAACCCACAUACCUUUGAAGUGUAUUUUAUCUUUAUAUAGUUUAUUUGCAAGAGUAUUUUCCUAAUAACUUCACAGUAUGAAUGUGCAUCUUUUUUUUUUUUUUUUGAACAAAUGAUGGUGUAACAUUUUGACAUCUGUAAGGACAAAUGUAGAUAUUUUUCUAAAAUACUGUGAGGGACUGACAUCUUAGUCAGUGUGUAUUGUAGCUUAUAAACAUGAAAUCUUAUAAACCUAAGGUUUCAGUUUGACAGAAGUGUGGUAUAUGUAACUUGUGCCAUGGGCCAAAUGGUCACUUUACCCCAGCUGAAAGUGAGUUACAGUCGCAGCUUGAUGGUGUUUGUAUUAUAUUCCUUUAAGCAAAAAGGAAACAUUUAAUAUUCGAAAUAUUUUUACCCCAAAUACCAUGACAUUGAGGAUUUUUUAAAAACCAGAUUGUGCUGUCCUUUGUAUAUGAAGUUGACACUACUGAUUUGUCAGUACCAAAUAUUGGGUUAAAGUAUUUAAUUUUUACUUAUUUAUUUUUCUGUUGCAUCAAAAAAAAGAUUUUAUGACCUACCAAAUUUAAGAUGUGUAUACCUUAUUAUUUACAUUGUUCUAGAAAAGAGAUUAAUAUUGUAGUGACCUUGCUCACUUCCACCAGAGAAAUAAAUGACUUGCAAUGGAAGAGGAUUUUAGUGCUUUUUUCUGAAAAUAGACAAAAGCUGCUGUUGUAAGUAAGGUAUUAAUGUUUGCAGCUCUUUAGAAUAUCUAGACAUUUUUUAUUUAUGAAUAUUUAUAAAAAAGGAAUCUGUCAAGGUGACUGCCCUACGUAACUUGAGAAUGGCAUUAUUUAAUUAAAGAACAAAUAGCAUUUUUUGGUAGUGCCUGUCCAUACCUACUGUCAGUGUUUGCCUUGUAAACUGUUUUUUCAGUUCACUUUGGAGUGAUAGUUUUGUCCAAGGUUUUGGAUGAGGAGCACUUUAAAACAAACUGGUUUGGUGUUUUUAAGUUAAUCAUAUGUUUAAUAAAUAUAUGGUUUUUGCAUUCAAACUCAUCAUAUAA